UUUAUUCUAAUCGGCAUAAGUUCAUUGUGCUUAUAUCGCAGAAAGAAAUAUUUAAUUUUGGUUUAACCGGCAUUUCAGGAAGCUCCUAUUGUGGGGUCCUGGUUUGGGUCCUCGGUCAACGUGGGAGACGCGAAAAUGUGAAGUUGUUUUGAACCUGUGUCGUAUUUGUUUCACCUCGUUAUGAUUGUUAUUAUCUGAUAUAAAAUAACGGCUAUCGAGUUUCGGAAUCUGUUUUACCAUGAUGCCGGGAGACAGUCAAUCCAGAACGGUAGCGAUCGCUGCAGACGCAACGGUUGGAAACUGUCAGAACUGUUCUGUUUUGCACCAGAGCCUGAACGAAUAUGUGUCGUCUUUUUUGGCACUUAAACAGAAGAUAACGGUUUCAGAUGACUCAGUUAGGCUUCAGCAACAGCUGGAACAGCUGCAGAUCAGAUUGGUUACUCUGGAGAAAAAGACAGCAGAUUAUGAAUCUGUGCAAGCAGAACUGGAAGAAAAAAAGGAUGCUCUUAAAGCUUAUGGACAGAUUUUUGAAGAGAUGGAAAAACUGAAGCAGCAAAACAGCAAGUCAACGGCAGAGAAAAAUAAGCUUGAAGACCAGCUGAAGGAUGUGAAAGAACUGGAAGAAACACAGACGCUUGAAAAUGCACGUCUAAAGAGGGAAAAAGCAGAGGUAGAAAAUGAUUUGCUGAAAACGCAGGCAGCCUUGAAGAAAUCUCAGGCCCAAGCAGAUGAAGUUGAAAAACUAAUGGAGGAGAAAGCCAAGAUGUCAAGCAUAAAGGACAAACUUGAAAAUAAAAUUAGACUGCUUGAAGACUCAGUUUGCCAACAGAAUCAUCAAAUAUCCAAGCUGACCAAAGAAAAGAUCCUUCUAGAGAGAAAUAUUGAUGAUCUCCAGGUCAGGUUGAUGAAACUUGAAAGAGAAAGGACAAAAGACUACAGGAGCACAUCAACUCAAGCAAGUGCAUGUGAGGAGCAUAAAGUUGACAAAGAAAAGUUCCGGACACUUCUCCAAAGUCUUUGGGCGUGUGUUGAACCUCAGCACUCAGCUAACCUGUUAGACUUACCUGAGUCCAGUUCAGAGUCCAAGCAGUUUCCACCCUGUUCUCCACAAAGCCGACUGCGCUCUCAAAGGAGUAACGCAUGCCAGUCUGUUUCUCACAAGACCAGUGAACCCCACAGUUACCCCAUACAGGCAGCUGCCAUUUGUACACAGUCAAAGCCUUCUCUUCAUGAGCUGACAGCCAUCAAACAUCAAACACCUCUGCAGUCAAGAAGUCCCAAGAAACAAACGUAUACUCCCAAAAAGAACAAGAGAUUGUCAGUGGAACGCAAAUCUGAGGAGUCUACCUCGGACUUGAGCAGCUCCGACUUAUCUUUUGAGGAGAUAUUGACGUUGUUCAAACCUAUGCCUCUCUGCAUAUCACCACUACCAAAUCUGGAAACAGAGAUGGAAUCUAUGGAAACAGAUGUUGCCAAACAGGAAAACCAUCUCAAACUCUCCAAUGACUCUGUCCCUCCUCAACAAGAAGAGUCCUUAUUCAUCAGAACAUCAGUGUCAAGCCACAGCCCAACAUCUUCUGCAGUACCAAUGGAGGAGAAUGUGGACUUGUCAGUCAUCACAACUCAGGAAGUAGAACACAUUUUCAGUGGAAAUUGCUCUAAAGACCUAGGACUAAAUGAGUCAAUUGGCAUUAGUGAAAUGAAAGACCGAAGCAGUACAGGUGGCAAAGAAAUGCAUCUUGAGAAAGACAUGCAGACUGAGAAGUUGUCAGCAACUGUGCAUUUAGUAUCAGCAUCAUCAUCACCACCAUCGUAUUCUUCCACCUCAAAGCCAUCCUGCAGUGUUAAUGAAAUUAAAAACGCUUCAGAAAAGGUCAUGGAAAAUCAGUCAGAGACUGUUAUAAAGAAGGAUGUAGUCGCAAGCCCUGGUGGUGGUGAUAGUACCAAAAUAGUCACUCCUGAUGCUAGAGAGUCAGAGAGAAGAAAUGAUACGACUAUAAUCUCUGAGGAGGUCAAAGAUGUGCAGGUAGUUACUGCUCCUGUUACUUUCACAACAUUUGUUGACUUUGCCAGCGACACUAAUACUACAAAUGCAGAAAACUGUUCAGAAAUGGGAAAAAUUCAUCAGGACUCUCAUGGUUUGGGACAGCGCAGUCAAGAUGCCACAGCCUUGAGACCUUGGGAAAAUAAAAGGUGUCUUGGCACAGAUACAAGUGUGUCAGAGGCCUCAAACAGCAGUGAAAUCGUCAGUAAUGUCUCAAAUGAAAAUGUUGAAGGGAGGCUUGAAAAUGAUGCAUCCGUAAAACUUCUUGGUGAGGAAGAUGGGAAUGGAGCACAAGAAACCGGAGGGGCGGAUGUCACAACUUCUCCCUCUGUGUCAAAUGGUGAUAAUAAACCUCCAGUUCCUCAUAAGUCUCCACUGUUGAAGACGAAAGAUGCCAAGUCGCAUGCUGACCAGGAACCUGGUCAAGGAGCCCCAUCAAAAGAGAAUGUUGACAUAGAAACAUCAAACAGUGUAAAUCCAGCAGUCGAUGGACCUUCCCCUUCUGACUCUCAAGAGACAAAAACUCUUAACUGUGAAUGUUUGAAAGAAAAUACACAUUCUCUCUGCAGGAAGUUGAGUCCUUUGUGCCUGUUUCCCACUGUAAAAUUACAGGCUUUGGAAACUCACCCAAACCCAGAAAAAUUGAAUGUCUGCUUUAACACUGAACUCACUUCAACGAACAAAAAAACUCUACGGCCUGCAACCAAUUUAAAGGAAGAAGGUAUCACUGAAGUGGCUGUUGUCAAAGACUUGUCUCAGAAUAGCAUAGGAGCAAGGAACCAUAAAGUGAGCAAAUGUAAACUAGGCACUGUUAGUCCAACUACCUCAUUAAAGCAGAGUGCUGCUGCCACAAGUGGACAAAAUAAAUGUUUGGAACCACAUACAAACUUGCUUGAAAAACAAAGCCCACAUGUGAUCAGAGAGAAAGAACUUAGCCCAGUGGAGGGUUCAUCUGCAACUCAGUCAGAAUGCAUAGGCCAGGUUCGCUAUGAAAUGGGCCCUCCACUUCCUCGUCUCCUAACCCCAGUCAGUACCCCUCCAAAGGUGUGCAAAUCAAUCAAUCCCAGGCAGGCUAUUGGAAAACUGUCAUUUGCUUCACCCAUGGAUAUAAUGGCCUCGCCUACCGCUCCUGUACAGGCCCAUUUGACACCCAACAGUCACCAGCUGAGUUCCUCAUCUCUGAACAGUCCACUCCCUUCAAACGGAGUCCCCUCAUCACCACUUCAGUUUGGCUGUGCCACUCCAAAACAUGCUGUGCCAGUCCCAGGUCGCCUGCCCUCAACAGCCAUGAAUUCUUCCCCAUCGUCUUCCUCCUCUCCAUCUCAGGAAAACUCAGUGAGGAUUCUCGACACCAUGUACCCAGAGCUCUCAGCACAUGCACGAACUCUGAACAUUCUGAGAGGGAAUGUGAGUCUUAGCAUUUGUUCAUCAGGGAAUGGAACGUUACCCACAACAGCCAUCAGUCAGGUGUCUGGCUUUAAAACUAUUAACUCCACUUCAACGGCCUUCACCAAGACUGAGAUGAGAGGAGAAAAAAGACACUCCAUAAGUUUGCCUGAACCUAAAAAAAGCAAAUGUCUCAGGCUAGAUAACUGCACCCCUGAUGUCAGUCGCAAGCAGGUGCCUUCCUCUUCCUCAAACAGUGGAGAGGAUACCACAUCACCCCAGGCUCUGGGGCUCAGACAGCCCACAAAUGAACCAACUUCUCCAUCCCUGGAAGCUGGAGAACCUGCAGAGCUGAUAGUUAAUGCUUUAAAGAAGAUUGAAAACCAGUGUUUUGAUCUGUUGCCUGUGAUCCAGAGCCACCUGUAUGUUGGUAACCUGCCCAAAAAGCCUGUUUUGAGAAAUGAGGAGAAGGAGGUUAUUUCUGAGAUUUGCCAAAGCAACUUUCAUAAGGCAGAUGAUAUGAUUUUCGCCAUCCUGAACAAACUAAAAGCGGAGAAAAGAGAUCUUAGCAGAAACUAUAUGCAGGCCCUCUGCAGAGUCUACACGGGGAUCUGCAGACAGAAGAGGGACUGGGAGAAGGCUCACAUCCUGGCCUACAGCAUUCUCACAGAAGAUUUCCCAGACUCUGCUAAGCUGAUUUUGUUCAUGGUGACCACAUGGCCCAGUGUUCUCUCACACAGUAGUUUUCUGUGUCAGGCAAUGCAUACUGUCACCAAACUGAAAGCACAAGAAAACCUCCUCAGCUCCCUUUCAGCAUUCCUUGGUUGGGAAAAGAGUCCUCCCUGUGGCAUUGAUGAGCUGAUCUCCAAAACACUCUCUGGUCUAAGGUCAGGGGUAAACCUGUCUUUCACGAAACACAGCCGGCACGGGGAUGACCUAGGAACUGAGGCUUGGGAACAUAUCUACACAUUAUACCUCCUUUGUACACACAAGAAGUGGAAGUGGACCUAUGACAAUAUAUUGGGCAAGGAGCUGUGGCCGUUAAUGAACACUUGGGUGACACAGCCCAGAAGUCAACAAGCACCAAUCUCUGAUGUGGUCGUCGCCACUGUACUCCGACUCAUAGGACGCCUCGGUCAGCUGGGAAUCAAAGAGAAGUGUGUUUCCUCUGUGGUUACUGUUGCCAACAUCAUCAACACUUUUGGCAGGCACGGACCUACUGAAGGUGUCCCAUGGGAGGUUCAGUUAGCAGCCAUCUACUGCAUCUAUGACCUGUCUCCCUGCAACCCCAAACAAGCCCUGGAUGCCCUGGCAGGGUGGAGGGGAGAGACAUCUCAAAGCGUCCCUCCUGCUGUUACCAGCUACAUUAACCAGUUAGCCUCUGUCUGCAGACAGGUCAAGAGUUAAGAGAGACACACAUGCUGCACAAAUCCACCUGGACAUGCAUAUCAGUCUGUACCUGUUGGAAAGACAGGGUGACUAAAUAUCCCACCGUGCACCUCAUGAAAGUUCAUUUAGCUUGCUGACUGGCUGUGAUAGAGAUGUUUACCACUUGGCUUCUAGAUUGGUCACAGAUUGAUCUGUUCUUUUCCUAAUGCAGGGUAUCGGAAGGGUCAUUGUAACUCUGAAAUGUUGACAUGUAUUGUCAAAGACAGUUUGUUUUUCUGAUUUGUUUUGUAUGUGCACUUCUACUUCAAAAUGAACAUGUCUGACUUUGUAGCAAAUGUUUCAGUUUUUUAUGUUAGAUGUGUAAAUUUUGGUUGUCAAAAUUUUUUUAACUAUCCACACCCUAUAAUAAACACACUAGCAUUAUCCCCUGCCUUUUGCUAUACUCAGGUCAUGCUCGAAAAUGUACGUGUAAAACAUGUACGUGUUUGCUCUUGUUUACCGGUGGCACUGCUGUAAAUGUUUCUUUCAUUUAAGUGUAAAUAUUUGUAAUACUGAAAAUUAAGAUUUCACAGUAAAUGUUUUGUACAGUUUAGACUUUCACAGGUUAUUUAAUUUUUCAAAUUAAAAUUUCUACCUAUUGAACCAAAUCAUGUCUGUUUUGGCAC